AUGGAUGUCAUCAAUUCGCUGCUUAGGGCCGCUCGCGCCGGCAAUCUAAAGCGAGUUCUCGAGUUCAUCGAAGAUGAGCUCGUCGAUCUUAACGCGAGCAACCAGAAUGGGUUAACAGCACUCCAUUCUGCCAGCAAGGAGGGUCACACGCGUAUCGUCAAGGAAUUGAUCUCGAGAGGGGCCAAUGUGCACGCUAAAACACUUAAGGGUAACACAGCUUUACAUAUAGCCUCCCUCGCCGGCCAUGAGCCAGUUGUUAGACAACUCAUCGAGAGUGGAGCCGAUGUUGAUGCACAAUCAGCAAGCGGAUUUACAGCACUCUACAUGGCUGCACAAGAGAAUCAUGUCUCGAUUGUCGAGCUUCUAUUGGCAAGCGGGGCUAAUCAAAACAUAGCAACAACAGACGGAUUUACGCCUCUAGCCGUCGCAAUGCAACAAGGUCACGAGCAAGUUGCAUCCAUAUUGUUGAACAAUGAAGCGAAAGGACGGAUAAGAUUUCCAGGCACCACAGAAUCUGGCCGAUCUCUUCUUCAUAUAGCUGCCAAAAAAGAUGAUUGUGCAGCUGCGGCGCUACUUAUGCAAAACAAUAUCAGCCCCGACUUGCCAUCGAAGUCGGGCUUCACAGCCCUUCAUGUGGCCUGCCACUAUGGCAAUGAGAAUGUUGCCAAAUUAUUGAUCGACAGGCAGGCAGAUGUUAACUUUCAGGCCAAGCAUAAUAUAACUCCCUUGCAUGUAGCUGCGAAAUGGGGGAAGACAAAGUUGGUCGAUUUGUUGCUGGCCAACAGAGCUAAAAUAGAUGCAACCACUCGAGAUGGUUUGACUCCGCUGCAUUGCGCUGCCCGAAGCGGGCACGACGACGUAGUUGAGGAUCUCGUGAGCCGCGGAGCUCCCAUUUCGGCGAAAACAAGAAGCGGUUUAGCGCCCUUGCACAUGGCGACUCAAGGCGAUCAUCUUAGAUCGGCACAGAUUCUUCUUAACAACCGGGCACCAGUUGACGACAUUACAGUCGACUAUCUGACCGCCUUGCAUGUGGCCAGUCAUUGCGGGCAUGUCAAGGUGGCAAAGCUGCUGCUAAACAAUAAGGCUGACCCGAACUUUCGUGCCUUGAACGGAUUCACCUCUUUGCAUAUCGCCUGUAAGAAGAAUCGUCUGAAGGUUGUGGAGCUAUUGCUUAAAUAUGGCGCCUCAUUGAAUGUAGUGACCGAAUCGGGACUCACGCCGUUGCAUGUGGCCGCCUUCAUGGGCUGUGUCGAUAUUGUGAUCUACUUAUUGGAGAAUAAUGCUAAUAUUGAGCCGGUUACAGUUCGUGGCGAGACGCCUCUCCAUCUGGCAACACGCGCAAAUCAGAUCGAGGUCAUUCAUGUUCUAUUGAAAUACGGCGCAAACGUCGGAGCGCGCGCAAAGGAAUCACAAACUGCCUUGCACAUAGCAUCAAGAUUGGGCAAUGCUGAAAUAGCCAGACUUCUGAUAGAGCAGGGAGUCGAUGUUGACGCGCCCACCAAAGACAGCUACACUGCGUUGCAUAUUGCAGCCAAAGAGGGGCACGAAGAUGUGGUCGCCAUGUUAUUGAACCAUGGCGCAAAUAUAUCGUGCGCAACGAGGAAUCACGGCUUUACGCCGCUUCACCUGGCCUCGAAGUACGGGAUUGAUCGUGUCGUUGAGCUGCUCUUGAACUACGGGGCCCCGGUGGAUGCACAAGGCAAAAACGGCGUCACUCCUCUGCACGUGGCCUCGCAUUAUGACCAUCCCAGUGUGGUGAAGCUCCUCCUACAGCCAACCCCGCACGGAGUGGGCGCCUCUCCGCACGCGAUGGCCAAAAACGGCUACACUGCCCUGCACAUAGCGGCCAAGGGCGAUCGUUUAGAUACUGCCAACGCGCUACUUCACUACGGCGCCAACCCGAAUGCCGAAUCUAAAGCGGGCUUCAGUCCGCUCCAUCUGGCCGCCCAAGAGGGACGAGCCGACAUGGCCGCCCUGCUGUUGGCUAGUGGAGCCUCAGUCAAUAGUCGUGCCAGGAACGGUAUCACGCCCUUGCAUUUAUGUGCCCAAGAGGAUCACGUAAACGUGGCUCAAUUGUUAGUUAAGCGGGGCGCUAAUUUGGACGAACAGACGAAGGGCGGAUUUACGCCGUUGCACGUGGCAUCGCAUUUUGCACGCAUCAAGAUGAUUAGAUUUUUGCUAGCCAACGGGGCCAAUGUCAACAUACCGUCCGCAUCAGGUUACACACCGUUGCAUCAGGCCUCGCAACAGGGCAAUCCACAGAUUGUCGAGCUACUCUUGCAAUACAAUGCCAAACCGGAUGCUCUCACUGACAAUGGCCAGACUGCUCUGUCGAUUGCACAGAAUCUCGGCUACGUUUCUAUAAUUGAUACUCUCAAGGUUGUUACUGAAACAGUGGUCAAGACAACCACAAUGACAAUCACGGAAGAGAAAUUCAAAAUCAUUGCACCAGAAACAAUGCAAGAAACAUUUGUCAGCGACUCGGAAGAUGAAGAGCAACGCACUUGUUGUGUGCUCAUGAAAAGAAGUGAGAUAGGUCGAAACGCAAAUCAUAGGCACUCUUGGAAUUCAUCAGUUGAGAUCUUUGAAGGUUUGAAGUUGGUUGCGCUAGCGCGUGCCGGCCUUUGA